AUGGGUGAUCGACCAACACCAGUCGAGUAUGCCGUGGGACUGCCAGAAACCGUCAAAUGGCUAUAUCACAGCGAAUACUACUCUGACUUCACGAUCAAAUGCGGCGAUACAGCUACCUUCAAGGUCCACAAAUUGGUUCUGCACUCGCGAAGCGCGUACUUCAAAGGAAUUUUGAACAAUGCCAACGGAAACAUCACUGAAGUCGAAGUCAGCGAGGACCCACGAAUAUUCACCGCCAUCCUGCGAUACAUUUACGGGUAUGACUUCGACGGCCAUCCGCCUCAAGAUAUGUUUAUGGCGCAAUAUUGCAUCGCAGUCUCCAUGCUGGCGGAAAAGUACGAGAUGCCAGACCUGCCCAGCAGAGCAGCCAUCCUUUUCAAGGAAGCUUGCAGCGACGACAACGGCGACUUGAGGAUCUCACCAAAGAAGUUAGUUGACGCGCUCUAUUCGAUCCAUGAAAGCGGUGCACCGAGUGAUGACCAAUUGUGGAAGUUUGCUGGUCACAUCAUUCAAGACAAUGUUGGAAUGUUGCUCGCGGACGAGGAGGCGGGUUUCGUGAAAGCUUGUCAGGAUAUGCCGAAUUUGACUGCUAUGCUGCUGUCGAAGCUGAUUUCCCGGAAAGACCUUUACGAACUGAUGAAGAUGAAGCAUAAUCCAAAGAAUGAGUGA